UACUUUCAAUCUGAUGUGCUGAAAAAGAAGACUUGGAGACUGGUGUUCACCUUGACCCUGCUGUCAAGGAAGUUCAGUAUAAUCCUACCUAUGAGACCAUGUUUGCUCCUGAGUUUGGACCAGAAAAUCCUUUUAGAACACAACAAAUGGCUGCUCCUAGAAAUAUGCUUUCUGGAUAUGCUGAGCCAGCUCAUAUCAAUGAUUUCAUGUUUGAACAGCAAAGGAGAACUUUUGUCACAUAUGGUUAUGCAUUGGAUCCUUCAUUAGAUAAUCAUCAGAUGUCUGCCAAAUAUAUUGGUUCUGUAGAAGAAGCUGAAAAAAAUCAAGGUUUAACUGUAUUUGAAACUGGUCAGAAGAAAACAGAAAAGAGAAAAAAAUUCAAAGAAAAUGAUGCAUCUAAUAUUGAUGGUUUCUUAGGACCAUGGGCAAAAUAUGUGGAUGAAAAAGAUGUAGCCAAACCUUCAGAGGAAGAACAAAAAGAAUUGGAUGAAAUCACAGCUAAGAGGCAGAAAAGAGGCAAACAAGAAGAUGAGAAACCUGGAGAGGAGAAAACUAUCUUACAUGUUAAAGAAAUGUAUGACUAUCAAGGCAGGUCCUAUCUUCACAUACCUCAGGAUGUUGGUGUUAAUCUACGGUCCACCGUACCACCUGAAAAAUGUUAUCUUCCAAAAAAACAAAUUCAUGUGUGGUCUGGACACACGAAGGGUGUCAGUGCAGUAAGAUUAUUUCCUCUCUCUGGCCAUUUAUUGCUGUCUUGUUCCAUGGACUGUAAAAUAAAGCUAUGGGAGGUUUAUGGAGACCGACGCUGUCUACGAACAUUUAUUGGUCACAGUAAAGCUGUUCGGGACAUCUGUUUCAAUACUGCAGGAACCCAGUUUCUCAGCGCUGCCUAUGACAGGUAUCUUAAACUCUGGGACACUGAGACAGGACAGUGCAUAUCAAGAUUCACAAAUCGAAAAGUACCCUAUUGUGUCAAAUUCAAUCCUGAUGAAGAUAAACAAAAUCUCUUUGUGGCUGGGAUGUCUGAUAAAAAGAUUGUGCAAUGGGACAUUCGAAGUGGAGAAAUCGUUCAGGAAUAUGAUCGACAUUUGGGAGCUGUCAACACCAUUGUUUUUGUUGAUGAGAAUAGAAGAUUUGUGAGUACAUCUGAUGAUAAGAGCCUAAGAGUUUGGGAAUGGGAUAUCCCUGUGGAUUUCAAGUAUAUAGCCGAACCUAGCAUGCACUCGAUGCCUGCAGUGACUUUGUCUCCUAAUGGUAAAUGGCUAGCAUGCCAAUCAAUGGAUAACCAAAUCUUAAUUUUUGGAGCGCAGAACAGAUUUAGACUAAAUAAGAAAAAAAUUUUUAAGGGACAUAUGGUAGCUGGGUAUGCUUGUCAAGUGGACUUUUCACCAGACAUGAGCUAUGUGAUUUCAGGAGAUGGAAAUGGAAAAUUAAACAUUUGGGAUUGGAAGACCACAAAACUCUACAGUCGAUUUAAAGCUCAUGAUAAAGUGUGUAUAGGUGCAGUGUGGCAUCCUCAUGAAACAUCUAAGGUCAUCACAUGUGGCUGGGAUGGUCUCAUUAAAUUGUGGGAUUAAUGAGAUUAGUCCCAAACUACCUAGGGUCAUUUUUGAUCCAGUGUCAUAUUUAACUGUAUUUAAUUAUUAAAUGUGUUGGAUGACAACCUGAUUUAUAGAUGUUUUCCUUACAUGGCCUUAUGAAGUUGACUGAUUGUUUUUAAAAAGCUCUGUAAAUUUGCCUCAUGUAAUGUCACUCGCAAUUUCAUUUUGCUCUUUAUGGAUGUUAUUUAUACAAUGAAUAACCAUUGACUUUCUAUUUGAUAAGUAGUUAUUGUUGGUGGGCAGUUUAGAUUUUAUUUCUGUGCAUUACCGAAAGGUUCUUUUUUGGUAUCAAGAAAGAAUCCCUACUAGAUUUGGGAUCCUCUGGGAAAUAAUGUAUCUAAUGACUCAGGAAGGUACCCUAUACUUACCUACCUGUUCAGUCAGGAGUACAGUAGAGAACAAAGAUGACGUAGUCUAAUACACACUUGAAAGAAGAAUAAAACCACCCACAGUUACUGUUCACAUUACAUUCAGGGGGUCCAGAUCGAAACUUCGGCCUUCAUAAGUUCCACUAUUUUUAUGAUAUGUUUUAUAUUUUUAUUUGCAAAUAACUUUUUACUGCAACAUUUCUCUAAUUAUUAAACAAUGUAAAAUAAAAACUAGAGUUCUUUCCUUGACUUCCUGAUCAUUAUAGACGCAACUUACAUAUUUAAGCAGAAAAUUCCAUUAUUUUUGAAGAUGGAAUUCAAGAGAAGGAGUUAAGCCUCUGUGUUUUGUUUAUGUUCACUGUCAGUAAGGACCUGGCCAUAGUUGAAGAAAUCAGGGUCUCCUGAGUCAUUGCUUCAGCACUGUUGUUCCUGAACUACUCCUCACUGAAGACAGGGUAUGAGGCAUAGUCCAAAAUGCCAAUUUAUAAUUUCUUUAAACUCAUAUUUUAUCUUUAAAAGUAUACUGGCUUUGAUUAUAAAAAUAUUCAACAGAAUUUUUAAGAUUAGGAAAAAAAGGGGGGUUUUCCCCAACUCUGAAAAAAAAUUGAUACUAUGAGAAAAUGGCUAGGGUUUCCCAUUUUUGAAAAGCAGUAAACUUGAUUUAAAAAAAUAGAUUAAAAGCAUCAUAUUAUAAAAUCAAGAUGGCUUCUUGCUUAUAGUAGCGAACAGCACUUUAGUUUGACAAGUCACUUUUCCUGUUUUAAGUCCUAUUAGGUGUUUGUGGUAUGAAAUAUUUCACUACCAUGCUAAGAAAAGACUGGUUGAGAGUUGUUGAGUGCUAACUAGGGAAGCAAAAUUAU